AUGCAUUUAGGAAGCGUCAUUGCUUUGACACGCCCCUUGUUAUUACAGACCACCUUUGCGUAUAUUGGAGCUACCUCGGAUCCUAGGAAUCUCAAAUUUGGACUAAAAGAAUUCAGUCAGUCAGGACACUUCCUCUACGAAGCUGCCCUUACCUCCGUCUUAGGAAUUGUCUACCGAAAGCUCCAAAACAAUCUCGACCGCAGAGACAUCUCGGAAACCCAUCUGAAUCGACAAAAAGCCGCCUUGGCUGCAGCGAUGAAAGUGUUGGAGCAUUGUGCACCUAUGAACAAGACAGCCUAUAAAUACUCAUCGACCCUGCAUCGAUUUCGGGACUCUUUCAGCGACCUCUUAGGGUGA